UUAGCACCAGCUAGUCUGCUUUUGCCCUCUUUGUCUGACUUACACAUUAUUCUUAGCUCUCCUGGUCUGCUCUGUUGAUUUAAUUACAUUCAAAAAGCAUUUUUUUGAGCCUCUGCUAUAGAAAUGGAACUUCUCACAUAUUCUUGAACAAAACCCUGUCUGCUCUCCGGAGCAUGAACAACAGCUUUGGGAAAGAUGCAUUUGGAGAGAGAAGGAAGCAAAGAACACCUUCCUAGUUAAUGAGAUAACUGAUCAACAGGGUGAUGUAAGUCAAAACCAGAUUUCCUUCACAUCCAGGUGUUUUUAUGCACUUACCAUCCUCAGAGCUCUGUGGAUAGCUUCUAUGUUAUGACAUUGUUCAGCACAUAAGUACAAAAUAAAUGGAAUCCGUGAUAUCCAUUGGGGAGGUUCCAUAUCUCCUAGGUGGGAGCUAAGACAUGUUUAAAGCAGCCAGUAUAUCUCAGUGGAAAGGCACCAAGUUCAGAGUGGAGUGAGAUCACUGUGGUCCUGAAUGUAUGAGCAAAGUUUUUCAAAGAGAUGAAGCAUGAACUAAGACCUACAUGGAUGCUUAUUAUUAACUUUGCCUCCACUGUUUUCUGCUUCUUACCAUUGGUGAUCUUGGCAGAUGGUCAGUUGGUUUUGCCAUCUUAGAAUAGAGGAUACUUAAGAAGAGCUUACUAACACAAAUCCUGCUUUGGGGAUUUCUGCUUAAAACUUAACUUUCUCUUAAUUCCAAAAAUCCUAAUAAUAGAAAACUGUUAACUUCUCUUUGGGCAAGUGUAGCUGCCCUGCUCUCCAGACAGUUUCUCUUUGCCUCCAUUUAGAUUAUAAAUACAUGGGGCCUGUGACCAUGUGUUUCUUAUCCUUACUUUAUAAUUCCCUGUGGAUAAGACUGGCCUGAUUCUUACAUUGUAAUCUAAUCACUUACUAAGAGGUCUCUGUGUUUGUUGAAGGUGAUGGAUUAGCCUCUCAAGUGCCCCGGCCCAAACAGCGCUGGCUGUCUUGGGCAUCCUGAGACCUGCCUCCCCUCAUCUCUAUUUCUGUUCUAGCGAAAUAUGCUCCUGCUUUUUUUCCCUGAUCACCCCAUUUCUUCAGCACAUUAAAUAUACUUUUAAGCAGAUGUCAAGACUUCUCUUAAGGAUAUGGGUUCUUAUUCGUGACAGCACAUAUGCAUAAACCAGGAGAUAGGCACAGUGGCAAUGAGAUCUGAGCAAGUUCAGAGAAAACCUUAAUUGAGAGUACCCAAGUUAACUUUAAAAGCCAUCAAGUUGAUAUAGCCUUACUUUUAAAUUUAGUAAAUGUUUUUAGCUACUAUGUUUUAACUCAGUUAAUAUAAUGAAGCUUUCCUCAAAUUAGAUUGGAUACACUUUUUUCAGUUCACUAAAACAUUUUUAUUCAACCACUGUUUUUUAAUAAUUAAUGAACCAUUUCUCUGUGGUUCUUUUGCAAAUGGACUGGUUUCAAUAUGUGGGCCUUAAUUUAUAUAGUUGUUCUCUUUUAUUCCUCUUUGUGAUCCCCUUUUCAUUGUGUUUAGCAGACACUGGUUGCUUUGUAAUUUUGAAAAAAUAGCAUGUACGUAUACUUGGAAAAAAUAAGUAUCAGUGAAAUUUUAUAUAUUGCAAACUGUUUUUCAUAGACUGUCUUCCUGAAACCUAAGCCAGGGCAAAUACGGAAGUGUUGUCACCAUCAGUGCUGCAGAGAUGGAUUUGUGUGACUUCCCACUCUGUGCCAGGUAUAGUUGCAGGUGCUGAGAAUCUAGUAAUGACUCAGACAGACAAGGACCUUGAUCUUCACCAGCAUGCAUUCUAGCCAGGAUUGCAGUGGAUACGCAGGCAUAAAACAAUCCAGUAUACAGCCUGUAGAGAUGGCAGUUGAUUUCUUGAUUCUUUUUCCCACUACCAGCGCUUUAAGGCUGCCUCAACAACCUCGUUACCUGGAGUGUUGAGUUGAAUUUAGUCUCAUAGUACUACUACCCCCAUCUACAUAAGGGCCUUGUUCUAGUAUAGGAGAGAAAGGAUGGAGACACACCUGGUAGGGUCAGGUUUCUCAUUGUUAAACUGGAACUAACUGUGCCUUACUCCCAGAAUGGUACAGGUGAGGAUUCAUUCACUCAUUCAGCAAAUGUUUACUGAGCAGCGUAUCACUCAGGGUUCUGUUAUGUUCCAGGCUUUGUAACACCUACAUGCAUGCCCUUACGUACCUGGUUAGAAAGACAGAAACAUAAAAUAAAUUAUUACUGAUAAAUGUUACAGGAAAAACAUAUAUCAAGUACAAGGGGUGGACCACAGAAGCAGUAACUAACUCCACCUGGGGGAAGGCCUCACCAUAAAGUGUCCUCUAAACUGCGACUUAAAGGUGACUGGAAUUUCAGCACACUUCUUUAUUCAGGAAAUGUCUCCUGAGCCAAGCACAGUUGUUGGCACUGUAGACACAGCAGUGAACUAAACAAAGCACCUGCUCUCCUGGCAGUGGCAAAACAGACAAUAAACAGAUAAAAAUUUUUAUGUUAGGUGGUGAUACCUGCUAAUAUCAAAAAAUAAAGUAGGUUAAUAAAAGGAACAGAGAGUGACAAGGGUGGUCAGGGAAGGCCUCUCUAUUGAGAUGACAGGAACAGAAUCUGAAUGAUUUGAGAGGAUGAGACCAACAAGCAGGGGAAGCCAUUUCUGAUAGAAGGAGCAACAUGGAGAAAAUUGUAAUAGCCAUGAAAAGCGUGGCAUCUUUAGUGCAAAGUGAAGUAUUGUCACGGAGCAUGUGGUAAGAUGGCUUGCAGGGUUUGGGAGAGUGUGGUAGAUGAGGCUGGGAAAGGAAGAGAGAGGGGCCAGAUGGCAAAAACCAUGGUGUUCCCCACUCAGGAAUUUGAAUGCCCACCUUGUUGACUGGGGAAAAAGGGGCUAAGAUUUUGAGAAGAAAAAAAUUAAGAGGAAAAGGACAUGGUUAGAUUUUUGUUUCGUUUGGUUGAGUUAGGUGAGGUUUGGUUUGGUUUGGGGAAAAUUACCUCUAGCAGAUGUAUGAAAAUGAAUUUGGAAGGAGAAGCAGAAGAAGCCAAUGGUAAGGUUAUUCUCAUGCAAGUGAGAAAUUAUGGCCUAAUUUAGAACAGUUAAGAUGAGGCUGUAGAGGAAGUGGUAGAGCUCAGCUGGUUUAGGAGACCCACUAUGUAAGAUUUGAUGCCCUCCGGAGUAUGGGAAAGGUCAAGAACAAUUCCUGGAUUUCAGUUUGGGUGACUGAGUGGGUGAUAAUGCCGUUAACCAGCUCAGGGAGCCCCAGAGGAGAGGCAGGUUUAGAAUUGCACAUAAUGAAUUUGAUUUGUGGCAAUGGGAAAUACAGACUGGAAAUGUACAGAGAAGUCAGGGCUGAAAUACUGAUUUGGCUGUUACCAGCAUUUCAAGGAAAUUUAAAACAGGAGCAAAAAGAAAAGUCAGCAUUAUCAGAUACUGCAGAGAAGUUUAAUAGGAUGAAGAUUUUUAAAAGGCCACCAGAUUGGACAACUGGAAGGUCACUGAUGACUUCAUCAAGACCAAUUCCAGUAGAUGUGGGUAGGGUAAAUCUCACCAGGGUUGAGUUGGAGUGUGAAGAGUAAGAGGCUGGGAUUGUCCAGCCAAGAUCACCGUCUCCUCUUUUCCAAAGCUCCUCCUUGGAAGCUUUGAACCUGAAGUCUAAUCUUCUCUUCUUCCUCCUUUCUUGACUUUCUCCACCCAGGGCCUAGGACUGGCUGCCUGAGCUAAGGACAUGAUGGGGGAACAAAUACUCUAAGAUCCUUGGGUCUCUGGUGGGACAGGAGCCAGGGGUAGGGAGCCUGAUGUUGGAAUCAAGUGUUGCAAGGAGCGUCCUCAAUGAGGAACAGUAGGUUAGGCCCAUCCAGAGACCUGUCUCCAGAGGGGAGAAAGAUGAAACAGAUAUCGGUCUUUGUUUUAUGUGGAAACUCUGAGCCAGGAAGCUGAAGUAGGAUGGUGGGUAACAAAGGACUUGAAGGAUUGGUGGGGGAAACAGAAUUAAUCAGAAAACUUGGCUCCAGUGAGAAAGUGGAAUCUGGCAAGGUGUAGGGGUGAGGGUAGAAUCUGACAGUAAACUGAUGUUAACUAGAAAUUCAGGUGGGGCGGCUUAGGUUUCCUAGGGCACAGGGACUGAAGAUGUGCAGUGGAGUACUGUUGCCAGUACUUGUGACCGUAAAGAUAGCAGUAAGGGGAGAGUUAAUGAAUUGAGGGGUGGCAUAAAAAUGCUGCUUGGCAUUAAAAAAAACAACAAACAAGAAAAAACUGGCAUAAAGAUAUUUAACAAAUAUCUAUGAAGCCAAAUGUGAUCAUUCAGAUUAUGUGGAGGAUAGAGAUUAGAUACCACUGUUCUGAAGGGCUGAAAGUAAAUGCCUGGGUUGCCUUCAGGGAGAGGAUGGAGGCAGGGACUAAGAGAUCCCAGACAGCUUGAAGGUACAAAGCCCAGAAGGGAGAUUUACACCUUGGAGGGAGUUGGAAGCAAGGUUCAGGGUAGGAGACCUCCUCCCUUAACCCUGGGGACCCAAGGAGUUACCAGUAGGGUCCUACCAGAUUUCCCCACCACCGCAGCUUUGGCGCGUUUCUCCCCCCUGCACCGCCAUCUCCGCCCUCUGGGGGGCGGGGCUCGAGGGCGAGGCUGGUGGCUGUUCUGAUGCCUCGAGAACAAUCAGUUCCUACCAGACUCCCUGCCCGGGAGCGGUCUUACCCCAUGGCCGGACACAGGCCCGCAAACUUACCCCUGCCAGGCGGUGGUGGGGGCGGGCCCAGAGGGCCCGUACCAGUGCGGGUUGACACUCAGAUCUGGCUGAGAGCCCAGGAGGCCCCCGGCAGGCUGAUGGCCCUGCCCAGGGUCGGGCCGAGAAUCUAUCCAGGCCCUGAGGUGUGGGGGUUGCCCCCAGUUCCCCCGGCGUACGAAUUCCAGGGCGGGAUGGUACGAGCCCAUCCCGUACCUUGCGGGCCCCGGGUCGGAGCUGGCGAGGCGGGGACCUGGUUCCCAGACCCCUCCGAGGGCACCUUCCCCGGGCCCUGCAUCGUCGUGCGGUGCAUCCCAAGGCUGGCGCUGCCAGAGGAUGUCUCAGCCGUGAAGAAAGAGGUGGAGCAGCUGGCCAAGGAUCUGAGGCAGAAGAGGAUGACCCUAGGGUACUCGCAGGCCGACGUGGGGUUCGCCUUGGGGGUUCUCUUUGGAAAGGUGCUUAGCCAGACGACCAUCUGCCGCUUCGAAUCCCAGCAGCUGAGCCUUGCCAACAUGUGGAAGCUGCGACCGCUCCUGAAAAUGUGGCUGGAGCAAGUGGACGCCGAGAACCUUCUGGGCUUAUGCAAAAUGAAGAUGAUCCUGCAGCAGGCUCGGAAGCAGAGACAAGCAAGCAGGGAGAGGCGCAUCGGAAACAACCUGGAGAAACUCUUCCUGCAGUGCCCGAAGCCCACACCCCAGCAGAUCUGCCACAUCGCUGAGCAGCUCCGGCUGCAGAAGGACCUGGUCCGAGUUUGGUUCUAUAACCGGAGCAAGAUGGGCGGUUGGCCAAGCAAUGAUUUCUCCCCACUGGAGGAGGUGGAGGCAGCCGGGCCUCCUUUCCCAGGGGGACCGGUGUGCUUUCCCCUGACAUCGGGAUUCCAUUUUGGUUCCCCCCACUAUGCGGGACCCUACAUUACACCUUUGUACUCCCCUGCCCCUUUCCCUGCAGGAGGAGCCAUCCUCUCUGAGAGACCCCGGCCACCGCCCUGAACCUCCCCAGGCUUUCCAGCUGAAGGGCCUGCCUCUCUGGGGAGGGCCAAGCUGGGGAAACCGGUCCCUGGGGCUCAUUUCAGGGCUUUUAGCGUUAAGUUCUCCAUUCUCUGUCUAAAGAAGUUAAGCAUACAGACGGAAGGGAGAGGGGAGUUGUUCAGGAAAAUUUGGGGUUGGAAGUUGAAGUUUGUUGCUGCUUUGUGUUUUUCCCUUUGUUUCUCCUUAGCAUUGGCUUUAAGGUACAUUAUAAUACAUAGAUGGUUUUGGAUAUUUUGUUUCUGUUGUUUUUAUUAAUAGAAAAUUAAUUGUGUCUGUUAUUCCUGUGAUUAUCUAUAAACAUAGGGGGUUUUUUUCUUACGAACACAGUACUGAGUGAAAAACUCAAGCCACAGAAGACUAUUUCAGUAUAUCAUUUCUGUCACAACCAAGCAGAACUUUGUGUAAACACAAGCAGAGUCUAGGAUAAUCAUUGCCUCCAGGGGAAGGUUGGAGGAUGGGGUAGGAAAAGAGUACACAGAGCCUACCCAGAGUCCCUGCUGAAACACAGAAAUUUGCUUGUUCUCCCCAGUUUCUUGAAAGAUGUGUUUUUUUCCUAAUUCACUUUGUCAUUUAGAGUACCCCAGCUUUAGUGGGUAGGGGUCUCACCUUAUGCAGUUUCACAAGUUUAUCUUCUGUCCCUCCAGUCACUGCGUUUUAAAUCCCUUUGCUCCUGCGAUUGGGAAACUACAGCAGUGGCUCAGCCCAGCUCCAGCUUACUUCUCUGGUUUUCAGCUCCGUUUGGUUUAUUCCCUGGAAAUUUCCCUUACUUUCUUUGAGCUCAGGUAUGCUUUUCAGAGGAUAUUUGUGAUAGU